CCAGUUGCAUGUGUGGCGGCGCGGAGUCAGGUCAGCUUCAGCGCUCCUCCCGCCUACUGGAGCUGACUUAAUGGCGGACGGCGUCACUCCGUCCUCGUGUGUCGCUGUUGACUGAUCAAGUGUUUGUGUUUCCUCUUAACUUACCACUAAGGAAUAUAUAAGGACGCGAGGGGAAAUAAUACUCGCGUAUCUGGCUAGUGACAUUUCAGCCCAAGUAGCCUUUGCGUCUCUUGUUGGGGCCAGAGACUUUAGUACAUCAGAGUUGUGGUGGUGCACUGGGGUGGUCGGUGGCGAAGCAGCGGUCGUCAUGUUGGGGAUCAACAAGGACUCCACUAUAUCCUCCAAGUUAUCCGAGUACGACAACGUGCCCGUCCUCCCCGGCGACUACCACAACCACCACCACGACGACCUCGCCUGCUCCCCAACACACCAGGCCGGCUACCUCCUGGACGACCCUCCUCCCGUGCCUCCCCACCAGGUCCAGGCUCGCCAGGGUCGUCACUCCAUCCCUAGAGACUACCACAAGGACUCUCCCUCCCCGCAGAAACCAUUGCAGUUCCCGACAGAAGAAAAUCAAAAGGGGAAGAAGCAGCAUCAUGGCGACCGACAACAGCAGACCUACAGCAGCCUCGACCAGCGGUUCGUUGUCCAGCAUAAGAAGGGCGGCUCUGCCUCGGGGUUCAUCACCUGUCCGCAGUCGCCAGGACGGGCACACCGUGACAGCUAUGGUGGCGAGAUGAGUACCUCGUCGUCCUUGAUAUUCUACUGCCUGGUGUUCCUAGCCGAGAUCCUCAUGUUUGGCUUGCUGAGUCUGGUACUCUUCUGGGUCGUAUAUUACCGCGGUGGCUUCGCCUGGCGAGAUGAUGUCCCCAAAGAGUUCAACUACCAUCCUGUCCUAAUGAUUUGUGGCUUUAUAUUCUUUAUGGGUCAUGCAAUGCUGGUCUACCGUUUAUUUCGAUGCUGCAACAAAUUAACAGCCAAGGUUCUACAUACCUUCCUCCAUUUGAUGGCAGUUCCAUGCAUUGUUGUGGGCACCAUUACAGUAUUUGACUCUCACAACUUACGGACCCCUCCUAUCCCAAAUUUGUAUUCUCUGCACUCCUGGCUGGGCGUGGUUACCAUCGGACUCUUCGCGCUCCAGGUAACACACACGCUGGUGGUUGGAUUCUUCAGUUUCUGGUUGCUGCUCUGCUGUGAACAAGGAACAGCCAGAUUCCGUUCUGGUCUGGUUCCAGUCCAUGCUACUUUUGGGAUCAUCACAUUUAUGCUUGCGAUUGCCACUGCUGUUACAGGAUACACGGAAAAGGCCUUCUUCUCUCUAAGUGCAGACUACUCUAAGAUGGUGGAUGAGGCAUGGGUGAUCAACGCUCAGGCUGCCACUCUAGCAGGGUUGGCCAUAUUGAUGGGCUUCCUACUGUACUCCUCACGAUAUGCACGAAGCAGCCAUCCAGUGGCUAUUAUUGAUCCGCCUUCCAACUCACAUUACGUUAUGACUCAGAAAACAUAUUACUAUAGAGAACAUGAAUAGAGUCAAUUAUGACAUGACUUAGUCUGUAGUUUUCUAUAUACUAACUAUACUGAUACUGUUCUUGAAUGGAGAAAAUUAACAUUAAAUUAAAAUUUUCAUUAUUAUUCAAGAGUAGUAAGAGUUUUUACAUUAUCCCCAUUUAUCAGAUUUUUAGUAUAAUAAAUUAUAUAUUAGAACUCUUCAUCUGUGACUUGAAGUAGAGGAGCAUUUGGCAUGUACAUUUUUUAACUGCAUACUCUAGUUCAUAUAUGUUACAUGUGGAUUUGUACUAUUAGAUCUUGAUGUGGAUACUACCAAAAUUUGGAUGCAUUAUUCAUAAAUCACUGGUCAUCAUAGUCUUGAUUUAGUUUUUCUUAAUUAUUUCUUUUGGUUGCCCCCGCGAUAUGAAUGGUGGAUGUGUCCCCUGGACAGGUCAUGACAAUCAGGAAGCUGAUAUUCUUGGUAAUGGUGCCAAAUGGAACUGUUUAGGCAGUCUCUGCAUUGUGAUCAAACAUUAUUCCACAACUAAGUCAACUGUCUUACCAGGAAAGGUUGAGGGUCACUGGACUGACACCACUACAAACCACACGUGACAGAGAUGAUAUAAAGUAAUUUAAAAUGCAUAUAUAAAUUUUAAGAUUUGAAUCUAGAUGACUUUUUAAGUGUCAGUGUCAGUCAUACAAGGAGGCUAAAGCAUAUAGCUUAACAAGACACAAUAUAGAAUCGAUAAUAGAUGUUUUUUUCAUCCUGCUGGCUGCAUAUUCUGUGCCUUACAUGUAUGGUGCCUCAAACUUUUGGGCAGCUGUUCCUGAUAUUUGUUUAUAUUAUUAAAUCUGAUGUUAGAUUUAAAUUCAGUUAGAUGUGUGUUUGGAAUUCUGUAUAUAGUUUUGUUACAUUAGUGUCAGAGCCCUUGAUCAUAAACUUGGGAAAUAUAUAUUCUCUACAGGUGUCUUCUGCUUACUUUUUGGGAUUUUUAACUACUGAUCUCAAUAGAUUGCAGUCCACCAAUUUUCUGGUUUGGUCUACAGUUAAAUGAAUUGCUGUGUACAGUAAUUGUUUUAUGUGGCCCUGUUCCUAGAUUGCAUGGCUUUUGCUGUGGGCACCAAAAGUUGCUGGAAUUUCCGUUAUGCAUUCCUUCUUUUUGCUUUUUCUCCUGUUUUUUUUUUUCCAGAUUGCAGAAGUUUGCUGAUAGGGUGUUCCUUCUCACUCCUUGGUUGCUGGCUCAGUCUUGAUAUCUGGCACUUCUGCACUUGAAGCUCUUUGCUGAUCACUGUACUGGACUUUUUGAAUCUUGUUUAUGACCAUCUGCAUGGGUAGUAGGUGGCAGGCCUUAUUUUAUCUUGGUUCUGGUUGUCUUUUCUUUCUUGGCCUUUUGUCAACUGUCAUUUGAUGCCUAAUACUGUUGCCUCGUAUCAUUUGGCUUUGGUGAAGCCUUUCUCAUUGGCAUUUGAUGUCAGUGUUGUUGUUCCCAUUUCACAAGUUAUCUCUUCCUUUCUUUCACCUCUGGUCUGCUAAUUCUCUUCCUGAGCCUUCUUGGUUUCUGGAUCAGUGCUGGUUUUUCUUCCUCUUCUUUCUUUAUCCCCUUUGGGCCAAGUUUUUUUCUAGGCGAGUGGGUGGGUGGCCAGGGGAACCACAAAGUGACCCACCAGAAAGAGGCAUUUUAUUAUGUUUAAUGCUGGAUUUUUGGUCAGUCUGCUAAAUUCCAGUUUCAGCCCUCUCGGAGCCUUCCCUGUUUGAGAUUGGCAUGGGAACAAUUGCUCUGCCACCCUUGAGAUUGUUAUGGAACACUUUCUCUGCCACCCUUCUUGAGAUGAUUUCGGGGCUUAGCGUCCCCGCGGCCCGGUCCUCGAGAUUGUUAUGGAACUCUGUCACUCUUCUUGCUUCAAGUAACCGUCCUACUAUUGACUACCUAUCCGAGUUUUGUAACUCGGAAGCCUUGCAUGUCCCACCAUUGUCGGUGAGUUCUCCCUUGAUUUUUGUGUUUAAUUUUCUUUUAAGUUUUGUGUGAUGCUUACCUUAGGGAGCAUCAGAAUACAAUAAAUACUGUAGCUCUGAAAUAUUUAUUGCUUUCAAUACUUUUUAAAAGAAUCUUUCUGAACAAUGCCAUAUCGUUGCACCAAUUACUCUUCCCUCAUUUCCCUUCUUCUGUUUACAUUCAUUGGCAGUCUGUUGUGUGUGUCUUGGGAAGAACAGGAUAAGCUGGUGUGAGGCAAGGUGGACUAUGUUGUGGUGAUGACAAUGACAUCUAGUGGUGGCUGGGGAGUAUUAGGUUACCAAGCAGAUGUUAUAUGUUAGAUGAAGACCUCAUUUUGUGCUUAGAUUUGAUUAAAAGAAAGACCUUUUACACAAUUUGGAACUGUUCUGAAAUCCACAUCUUGUCAGGUCAGUUUGGGCUGGAUUGGCCAUUUCUCUAGUGAUAUUUUUAACACCUUAAUGACCUACAAGGACAGCUAAAAAGUUCCUUAUGUCGUUGAUGCUGUGAAUGUCGCCUUCCUGACCUGUCACAAUCAUUGCACAGAGAACAAAACACCAUAGCACCUUAGUAGGCAAUAGACUGUCAUUGCUCAGAAAAAUGCUUUUCAUAUUCAAUAAAAGCCAUUUAUUUCUUGACAAAGUAAUUGUUUUGUGUGUGUAUAUAUAUGUGAAGUUAAAGUCACUUUGUGGAUAAUCUGUAAAAGAUUAGCAUGGAAUGUUAAAUACAGAUUCUUGUACAAUAUUUAGCAAAUUAUGAUUUUUUAUUUUUUAAAUGAAAACUACAUAAAAUCUAUAAGAUUUUGUUAAUGCAAAUAAUACUUUAAUAGAACAAAAUUCAAUUGUCUCAAUAUAUUUAAUGUUUAUUGUGCAAGAAUAUGACUAAAUUGCCAUUUUCUUUGCCAUCCAACUUCUUACUAUUUCCUUGUGUAAUACCAAUUUGAAAUACUGUAUCAAAAAAGUAUAGAUAAAAUU